UUCAUAGCAUGUCGAAUUCUAGCCUUGGAACUUUUCCACGAUCUAGACAAGGAUGCGUAAGACAUGGCCCGCUCUAUAUAUAUUCUAACGGCUGCACCAUCAUUCGGACAACCCAAUUACGACUAUUUUACUGACUCUCUUCUUCUCUAACUACUUAUACCGUGAGAAGCCCCUUAUUCUUAGUCCUGUUAACAUUUUUUUCCCGACUCUACAGUUCCGUCAACAUCGUUGACGAGUAUAGUCUUCCUCUUUUGAUUUACGGGACCUCGUAACGUAAGGUCACAUCAUCAAAUACCCGCGGAGUACUUGUUCCCCUGCUUAGGUACAUGCUGGCUUAGCGGAGGUCCGUAGCGCCAAUAUUAAACAGCGUCGCAUAAUCGCCGACCGUUUUGCGGACAAUAGCCGGCAGUUUUACUCCAAUAAAUAACUAUCAUGGCACCGCACAGUCUAUUAGACGGUCAUGAUGACGGCCCAACCAGCAAUGGCUUUCCGGAGAGCGGCCCUGAUGCUCAACCGGCCCGGUUGUCGGCCUAUGGCUCUCCGAAUAACAAGUCGCACCUAAAGAAGACUUCAGCAGAAGAUGUGCAUGACCUUGUCUGUGUUGGAUUUGGACCAGCUAGUCUCGCGGUCGCAGUCGCCCUUCACGACGCCAUCGACCAUGGUAAUCUCCACAAGACGGGCACCGGGUCGUCUCCGAAAGUUCUCUUCCUGGAGAAACAGCCAAGAUUUGCGUGGCACGCCGGGAUGCUCCUCCCUGGCGCAAAAAUGCAGAUAUCUUUCAUCAAAGACAUGGCUAGUCUAAGGGAUCCCACCUCGCAGUUCACUUUCUUGAAUUACCUCCACAAGAACGGCCGGCUAGUUGAAUUCACAAAUCUAAAUACAUUUUUACCAUCCAGGGUCGAAUAUGAGGACUACCUUCGCUGGUGUGCUAGCUUUUUCGAUGACGUCGUCCAAUACAACAGCGAAGUGGUUUCUGUCUCCCCUGUCAAGGGGCUAGAACCCAACGAAUCGGUUUCCACCUUUACUGUUACGUCGAAGGAUCCCAAAACGGGUGAAUUGACCACUUAUCGAUCCAAGAACGUUCUUCUAGCUGUCGGCGGACAACCCUCGAUACCGAAAUGCUUACCUUCGAAUCACCCUCGAGUCAUCCACUCGUCUCAAUACGCGCAUCUCGUGCCACGGAUUCUAGAUAAUCCAACAUCUCCCUACCGGGUAGCUGUUAUCGGAGCCGGGCAGAGCGCUGCCGAGAUUUUUAACAAUAUUCAAGUUCUCUACCCGAAUUCUCGGACAUCCUUGAUCAUGCGCUCCGAGUUCCUGAAACCCAGCGACGAUUCGCCAUUCGUAAAUUCGAUCUUCAAUCCCUCGUUUGUGAACUCCCUCUAUCAAAGGUCUGCCGAAGACAGAUACACCCUACUAGAGGGAGCUCGUAGCACAAACUACGGAGUGGUCCGGCUAGAGCUUAUCGAGCGUCUAUACGAGAAAAUGUACGAUCAAAGACGCGAACUUGGAACCGACGAAAGAAAAUGGCCGCAUCGCAUCCUAGGUACCACAGAUGUAGUCGGCUUCGACACCAAGUCUGAUCAGCUGCGGCUCGUAGUUCGUCCUCUGACCUCAACAAAAACUACUAUUCACGACGGUACGCGGGAAGACGAAGUCUUGGAUGUCGAUCUCGUCAUCGCAGCAACAGGCUACCAGCGCCAAUCUCACCUGACUAUGAUAGAAGACGUGGCACAUAUGCUACCUCAAGCUUCCGAGUCGAACGGGGCUCUGUCGAGUAGCACAGCCGGACGGAAGUUCUCAGAAGCUAAGAUUAACGACCGCCCGGUACGGGUAUCGCGCGACUACAGCGUGCAGUUUUCCCCCGGGAAAGUGGCGCCAGGGUCCGGCAUCUGGCUUCAAGGAUGUUGCGAGGGAACACAUGGACUAAGCGAUACUCUGCUGUCUGUUUUAGCUACUCGAUCCGAGGAGAUCGUCAACUCUAUAUUCGGCAAGGGCGUUCAAAAUGGAGGCAAGUGAAAAUUAAUCAAUUAAGGUUUCCUCUAAAUCAAUGUCGUCUCUCAACGAAUCAGAUUUUCGCGAGGACCA